AUGAAAUACCAGUCAAUGCCCAAGGACGACGAUGGCGAAUCUGAUGACGACGACGAGUCCGAAUGUGAGCGACCUAUCUUUUCGGCCGCACACAAGGACGCAGUGAAGCAAAAAGGUGGUUUGUUUGGAUACCUCGCUCAAUUCAAAGUCUUCUUGCCGUACCUUUGGCCAUCGGCCGAACGGAAACUCCAGGCAUACUUCUGUGUUAUAGGCCUCAACAUACUCGCAGAGCGGGCUCUGAAUGUUCUCUACCCACGACAAUUCGGCAUCGUCGUAGACAAGCUCUAUCUCGUCGUCAGUGCUGGCGGUCCGGUGCCAGUACAGGAAAUUUUGCUCUGGAUCCUCUACGAACUGCUGCUGCAAGAGGCUUGUGGGCUUCCUGCGCUCAGCGAGUUCCUCGAGAUUCGCGUGUCGAACCGGACACGCUUGCGUCUCAGUGUCGCAGCCUUUGACCACGUCAUGGGUCUGCCCAUGAGCUUUCACGAUAGCAAAGCCUCGGGCGAGUUGAUCAAGGCAGUGGAACAAGCAGGCUCCAUGAGUUCGUUGCUACGUAUGUUGGCCUUGGAGACGGCUCCCUUCCUGAUCGAUGUUGUUGUCGCGCUUUGGUAUGUGAAUGCCAUUCUGGGCAUCUAUGGGGCUGUAAUCGUGCUAUAUGUCGGUGUAGCAUUCAGCUUCGUUACCUACACCAUUUCUAUCGUCAUGGCCAAAGCACGAAGAACUUAUGCAGCGGACUCGAGAUCACAGAGUCAAUUACUCUACGAAACGAUUAGCAACUGGUCCACGGUAUCGUUCUUCAAUCGUCAUCGCCACGAGCACGAACGUCUCUUUGACACAGCCAGCACGGCGAUCUCAUCGAGUCAGUGGGACAAUGAUGUCGCCAUCUACAUUUUCGCUGCGCAGCAAUUUAUUGAAAUUGCCGGCAGGCUGGCCACUGCCCUUCUGUCAGCAUACAGGAUCGCACUUGGUUUGAGCCCGGUCGGCAUCUUUGUGGCUAUCGAGGUGUACUGGGACAGCGUUACGAGGCCGUUAUGGCAUUUAAGCUACAAUUUCCGUCAACUAUCAUCCGAUCUCAUUGACGCAGAGCGCUUGUUGGAACUGUUCCAGCAAUCAUCCGAUAUCAAAGACGGUCCACGUACACUGCCUUCUUUCCUAUCCGGGGAGAUCGAAUUCUCAGAUGUGGAUUUUGGAUACAACGCCGAGCAAAUCACGCUGAAGAAUGUAUCUUUCCGCGCCAAACCGGGACAGACAAUCGCUAUCGUUGGCGAGACAGGCAGUGGAAAGUCCACAGUGCUAAAGCUGCUCAUGCGCUUUUACGAUGUUGCAUCAGGCUCGAUCAAAGUCGAUGGUGUGGAUCUCAGGGACGUCACUGUACAAUCCUUACGUGAGGCUUUCGGUUUCGUGCCUCAGAAUGCGGUUCUGUUCAAUGCCUCGAUCUUCGAGAAUGUUCGCUAUGGCAGACUCAACGCCACAGUCGAAGAAGUCCACUGUGCCUGUCGGGCUGCUGCAAUACACGACCGUAUCAUGAGCUUCCCGAGAGGAUAUGACACGAAGGCUGGAGAGCGAGGCGUCAAGCUUUCAGGGGGCGAGUUGCAGCGCAUUGCCAUCGCGAGAGUCAUGUUGAGAAACCCACAGAUUGUGCUUCUCGACGAAGCUACCUCUGCUUUAGACACCGAGACUGAAUCGAAGAUCCAAGAUGCUUUACGCUCUCUGACCACAGGAAGGACAACAAUUGUCAUCGCGCAUCGUCUGUCGACCAUAGUGGAUGCCGAUAUGAUCCUCAUGCUUAACCAAGGCAAGAUCAUCGAACGAGGAACUCACAGUUUUCUGUUGCAACAGAAUGGCAAAUACAAGGACUACUGGUUCCAGCAGACGCGUACGCCGCCAGUGGUCAGUGAAGACUGA